AUGAAGAUUGAUCCCGAAAGGGAGCUCCGUGUCGGCCUCCACCGGGCCCAGCACGGAUCUCUUCAAAGCAUUCCUGCGGGGGGCCAGCUCAAGCAGGAGUCUGCAAGCGCAUUGCUCCAGGGGAUGAUUUGGACUACGUUUGUGGAUCCAGCCGACUCUGAAGUCAACUUUCACCGCAGUGCACUUUUUGCGAAGUUGCUACUACAGCCCGCCAGCGCUGACAUCGACUGCUCGUGCUGUGCAGCGCGACUUUUUUCCUCCAAGGCACUUCAGGUGGUUGAUUCCCCGAUGCCUUUGCUUGAGGAGUGCCCUCCAGGCUCACUGUUGAUCCGGGCAAAAUUUGCCUCGCUCUGUGGGUCUGAUAUUCCAUACUUCCGAGACAUGGCCUCCCGGGCGCCCAGCUGCUACUGGGACCGGGACGGCUUCUGCGGGCACGAGGUGGUCGGUGAGGUCCUGGAGUCCAGCACCGAAAGGUUUGCCAAAGGAGACUCUGUCCUCUCCUUGCCAUCCUCCUAUUUCAAGGCCCAUGUUGCAACACAACAAGAGUGGUACAAGGAAGAAGUGCACAGUGUGCUUCUCCAGAACUUCCCGGUGCGAGGGGGCUUCAGCGAGAUUUUCACCAGCCAUGAACUUUGCACCUACAAGAUCAAGGAGUGCGUGCCGCGCAUGCUGGCAGCCCAGGCUUUGGGAACCCUCCUCCGCAUGUUCAGGAGACUGGGCUCUUUCUUUGGCAAGACUGUUGCAAUCCUUGGGCAAGGCCAAAAUGGCCUGAUGGCGACGCGCUUGGUUGCGCAGCUCUGCGCAAGAAAUAUCUUUGCUGUCGAGCCCUUGGCCUUCAGAAGGCGCCUGGCAGAAGAGUUCGGUGCGACCAAAGCUGUUGCGCCGGAGGACGCAGCUGCAGCCGUUGCUGCAGCCACAGGCGGUCGGGGGGCAGAUGUAGUGCUCGAGAUGGUUGGCCACAAUCAGGCGACUAUCAACGAUGCACUGGAGCUGGUUGCAAAGUGCGGCACCGUGGUUGCAUUCGGGGUGCCAGAUGAUGCCGUUUAUGGCACAUUUCAGUUUGCCAAGUUUUUCCGGAAGAACGUGACGCUCAUGUCCUCUGUGAUACCAGACCCAGGCGUGGAUUUCCCUCAAGCAGUGGAUUUGAUCGAGCGAGGCAGCUUUAGCACCGAAGGCGACGGCCUUACUGCUGAGAAGCCACGGCUUGGUCAAGUUCGGGUAGGUUCACAGGAGCUGGUUGGAAUGGGCUGCCGUUCAGAGGCGGUUCGUUUCGGAGCUGUCUGA